AUGGCGUUGAGUGACAGUUGCUUCAGGAACCUUGCCGAGGAUCGUAGUGGGAUAAACCUUAAAGAUCUGGUCCAAGACCCUUCUUUGUUGGGUGGGACUAUAUCAGCAUACAAGAUAGUGCCAGAUGAAAUAGAAGAAAUCAAGGAGACGCUGAUAGAUUGGUGUGAUGAAAAGGAACUUAAUUUGAUUUUAACAACUGGAGGAACAGGGUUUGCACCACGAGAUGUCACUCCAGAGGCCACUAAAGAAGUAAUAGAGCGAGAAGCUCCAGGGAUGGCCCUGGCAAUGCUGAUGGGAUCACUUAAUGUUACUCCUCUGGGCAUGCUCUCUAGACCUGUGUGUGGAAUCAGAGGGAAAACUCUCAUAAUUAAUCUGCCAGGUAGCAAGAAAGGGUCACAGGAAUGCUUUCAGUUUAUACUGCCAGCCCUACCUCAUGCCAUUGAUCUUUUGCGGGAUGCCAUUGUAAAAGUAAAGGAGGUACACGAUGAGCUUGAAGAUCUACCUUCACCACCACCUCCUCUUUCUCCUCCUCCAACCACCAGCCCUCACAAGCAGACAGAAGACAAAGGAGUACAGUGUGAGGAAGAGGAGGAAGAGAAGAAGGAUAGUGGAGUUGCCUCAACAGAGGACAGUUCUUCAUCCCAUAUAACGGCAGCAGCCAUUGCAGCUAAGAUUCCAGAUUCCAUCAUCUCUCGAGGUGUUCAGGUGCUCCCACGUGAUACAGCCUCUCUCAGUACUACUCCUUCAGAAUCUCCUCGUGCCCAGGCCACCUCUCGUCUCUCCACUGCAUCCUGCCCAACACCAAAAGUCCAGUCUAGGUGCAGCAGCAAGGAGAACAUCCUCAGAGCAAGUCACAGUGCUGUUGACAUUACCAAGGUAGCAAGAAGACACCGCAUGUCUCCAUUCCCAUUGACGUCUAUGGACAAGGCCUUCAUCACAGUUCUGGAGAUGACCCCAGUGCUUGGAACAGAAAUCAUCAAUUACAGAGAUGGAAUGGGCCGAGUCCUUGCUCAAGAUGUAUAUGCAAAAGAUAAUCUACCACCAUUUCCAGCAUCAGUAAAAGACGGCUACGCUGUCAGAGCUGCUGAUGGCCCAGGAGAUCGAUUCAUCAUAGGGGAAUCCCAGGCUGGUGAGCAGCCAACUCAGACUGUGAUGCCUGGUCAGGUAAUGCGCGUUACAACUGGUGCUCCAAUUCCAUGUGGUGCUGAUGCAGUGGUGCAAGUGGAAGAUACAGAGCUCAUCAGGGAAUCAGAUGAUGGCACUGAAGAACUAGAAGUUCGAAUCCUGGUGCAGGCGCGACCAGGCCAAGAUAUCAGACCUAUAGGACAUGACAUUAAAAGAGGUGAAUGUGUGCUGGCCAAAGGAACCCACAUGGGUCCAUCUGAGAUUGGUCUCUUAGCAACUGUUGGAGUAACCGAAGUAGAAGUUAACAAGUUUCCAGUGGUUGCAGUCAUGUCAACAGGGAAUGAGCUACUGAAUCCUGAAGAUGACCUCUUGCCAGGAAAGAUUCGGGACAGUAACCGUUCAACUCUCCUAGCUACAAUCCAAGAACAUGGCUAUCCAACAAUCAACUUGGGAAUUGUGGGAGAUAA